AUGAAGCGCCGGAGCGCCGACUGCAGCAAACUCCGGCGGCCGCUGAAGCGGAACCGCAUCACUGAGGGCAUCUACGGCAGUACAUUUCUGUACCUGAAAUUCCUGGUAGUUUGGGCCCUUGUACUGCUGGCUGAUUUUGUUUUGGAAUUCAGAUUUGAAUAUCUGUGGCCAUUCUGGCUUUUCAUCAGGAGUGUUUAUGAUUCCUUCAGAUACCAGGGAUUGGCCUUUUCAGUAUUUUUCGUCUGUGUAGCAUUUACAUCAAAUAUCAUAUGUCUGCUCUUCAUACCAAUACAAUGGUUGUUUUUUGCUGCCAGCACGUAUGUUUGGGUACAGUAUGUCUGGCACACAGAGAGGGGCGUGUGCUUACCAACAGUAUCGCUGUGGAUACUAUUUGUUUAUAUUGAAGCAGCAAUUAGAUUUAAGGAUCUCAAAAACUUUCAUGUAGACCUUUGUCGACCUUUCGCUGCACACUGUAUUGGCUAUCCUGUUGUGACUUUGGGCUUCGGCUUCAAAAGUUACGUCAGCUAUAAAAUGCGAUUAAGAAAACAAAAGGAAGUGCAGAAAGAGAACGAAUUUUACAUGCAGCUUCUUCAGCAAGCUUUGCCCCCGGAACAACAGAUGCUACAAAGGCAAGAGAGAGAAGCAGAGGAAGCAGCCAAAGGAUUGUCUGAUAUGGAUUCCUCUAUACUUUUGCAACACAAUGGAGGCAUUCCAGCCAAUAAAAAGUUAUCUUCAACAUUACCGGAACUUGAAUAUAGAGAAAAAGGAAAAGAAAAAGAUAAGGAUGCCAAAAAACAUAACCUUGGAAUAAAUAACAAUAUUUUGCAACCUGUAGACUCUAAAAUACAAGAAAUUGAAUAUAUGGAAAACCAUAUCAACAGUAAAAGAUUGAAUAAUGAUCUUGUGGGAAGUACAGAAAACCUCUUAAAAGAGGACUCAUGCACUGCAUCAUCCAAAAAUUACAAAAAUGCUAGUGGAGUUGUGAACUCCUCACCUCGCAGCCACAGUGCAACUAACGGGAGCAUCCCUUCUGCAUCAGCUAAGAAUGAUAAAAAACAGAAAUGCACUAGCAAAAGCCCUAGUACGCAUAAAGACUUAAUGGAAAAUUGUAUUCCCAAUAACCAGCUAAGCAAACCAGAUGCACUGGUAAGGCUGGAACAAGAUAUUAAGAAGUUAAAGGCUGACCUGCAGGCAAGCAGGCAGAUUGAACAAGAGCUGCGCAGUCAGAUUGGUUCUCUGACCAGCACAGAGCGGGGGAUUCGGUCUGAAAUUGGACAGCUCCGACAAGAAAACGAGCUGCUUCAGAAUAAGCUACAUAAUGCUGUGCAAAUGAAACAAAAAGAUAAGCAGACCAUUGGCCAAUUGGAGAAAAAGCUCAAAGCAGAGCAAGAGGCACGAACCUUUGUAGAAAAGCAGUUGAUGGAAGAAAAGAAAAGGAAGAAGUUGGAAGAAGCAACUGCUGCGCGGGCUGUUGCUUUUGCUGCUGCUACCAGAGGGGAAUGCACUGAAACUUUACGAAAUCGCAUCAGAGACCUGGAGACAGAGUGCAAGAAGUUAACGAUUGACAUAAAGCUGAAAGAAGAUCAGAUACGAGAUCUAGAAAUGAAAGUGCAGGAACUGCGGAAAUACAAAGAGAACGAAAAGGAUACAGAGGUGUUAAUGUCAGCACUUUCAGCCAUGCAGGAUAAGACACAGCACUUAGAGAACAGCUUGAGUGCGGAGACGAGGAUCAAGUUGGAUCUGUUCUCUGCAUUAGGAGAUGCAAAAAGACAGCUUGAGAUAGCUCAAGGGCAAAUAAUUCAAAAGGAUCAGGAGAUCAAGGACCUAAAACAGAAGAUAGCAGAAGUCAUGGCAGUCAUGCCCAGCAUCACAUACACUGCGGCCACCAGCACACUGAGUCCUGUUUCCCCACAUUACUCUUCCAAAUUUGUGGAGACCAGCCCUUCUGGACUUGAUCCCAAUGCCUCAGUUUAUCAACCCCUGAAGAAGUAAAGGCCAGCUUCCAGUUUGUCACACGGAAGACGUCACACAGAAAAAUAUCUUGCAGUCAAGAUGAAAUUUGUAUUGUGUGAGACUGUAUUGAUUUAUUGUUUAAAAUAAAAAAAUAAAAAAGAGGGAAGUGUGGGGGAAAGAACCUGAACAUCAAGGUUUGGCUAGAACUGCCCAUCAGUUUUUUCUUGUAAAUUUUUAGAAAACCUCACAGAACUUUAUACGGUUUCUUUCUUGGCCAACGCAUUAAGGGAAAAAGAACCCACGACUCUUGGUUUUCACAUAGCAAAUUCUGCCUCUCUCUUUUUCCCCAAAAUGAACACCUCUUGCAAGGUUUCCUCUUGAAAGGACAAAUUAACACAGAGCUCCGCUUGAUACGAAACCCUUUCUUCCCAUUUAA